GACCCGGCCCGGGAGCGCGUGCGCGGCCCGUUUCUCCUCGCAGCCGAGUCCCCGCCCGUUUCCCGCCCAGCUCCGUCUGCUCGCCCGCUUGCCAGCCCGCCCUCAGGCCCGGCCCGGCCCCGGCCCGCCCUCCCCUUGCCGCCCGGGCUGAUGAGGAGGCGGCUCCAUGUUUUCUUUUCUGCGAGCGGCGGCGGCGGCCUCAACAGAAAGCGGGGAGAACACAGGACCAACUGAAAAAACGGGCUGGGAUUCAACAGGCGGGUCCACUCCUAGUAUUUGGCCUUCCAACAGCGGCAGUACAACAGCACAGUGGUGUCAUCAUGGAGCCCCUGAAGCCCGGCCCCGUACAGGUUGUCUUGGUGAACAAAGAGCAGCAUUCUUUUGAGCUGGAUGAGAAGGCCUUGGCCAAGGUCCUCUUGCAAGACCAUGUCAGAGACCUUGAUGUGGUAGUGGUGUCAGUAGCUGGAGCCUUCCGCAAGGGCAAGUCUUUUCUUCUGGACUUCUUGCUUCGCUACCUGUAUAACCAGAAGGAACGUAACCAUCUGCAUUGGUUGGGUGAUGAAGAUGAGCCGCUAACAGGAUUUUCAUGGCGAGGGGGUUCUGACCCUGAAACCACUGGAAUUCAGAUCUGGAGUGAAAUUUUCAUUGUGGAGAAGCCUAAUGGGAAAAAGGUGGCAGUGAUUUUGAUGGAUACUCAAGGUGCGUUUGACAGCCAGUCAACGGUGAAGGAUUGUGCCACCAUAUUUGCCCUCAGUACCAUGACAAGCUCUAUUCAGAUUUAUAAUUUGUCCCAGAACAUUCAGGAAGACGACCUACAGCAGUUACAGCUGUUCACAGAAUAUGGUCGUUUGGCAAUGGAUGAAAUUUCUGAGAAGCCCUUCCAGAUGCUGAUGUUUUUGAUUCGAGACUGGAGCUUUCCUUACGAGUAUAGCUAUGGACUUGAGGGAGGAAUGGCAUUCCUGGAGAAGCGCUUACAGGUGAAGGAGCAGCAGCAUGAGGAAAUUCAGAAUGUCCGAAAUCACAUUCGCUCGUGCUUUACCAACGUCACCUGCUUUCUCCUACCACAUCCAGGGCUCCAGGUGGCCACGAGCCCGACCUUUGAUGGAAAGUUGAGAGACAUCGCUCCUGAAUUCAAAGAACAAUUACAGGCACUGGUACCGUUUGUGUUAGAUGCAAGCAAGUUAAUGGAAAAGGAGAUCAACGGCUCCAAAGUCACCUGUCGGGGUCUGCUGGAGUAUUUUCGGGCCUACAUUAAGAUUUACCAAGGAGAAGGUCUGCCUCACCCCAAAUCAAUGCUGCAGGCCACUGCGGAAGCCAACAAUUUAGCUGCUGUGGCAUCUGCCAAGGACAUGUAUUACAGCAACAUGGAAAAGGUCUGCGGAGGGGAGAAGCCCUACCUGGCAUCCGACACGCUGCAGGAGAAGCAUGACGAGUUCCGGAAGCAGGCCAUCGACCAGUUUAAGAAGAGCAAAAAGAUGGGGGGUGAGGACUUCAGCCUGCGGUACCAGAGCGAGCUGGACCGGGACAUCCAGGAGCUGUACGGCCACUUCGUCAAGCACAACAGCAGUAAGAAUGUGUUCAGCUCCUUCCGCACGCCGGCCGUGCUCUUCAGCUUCAUUGUUGCACUCUACCUGAGCUCGGGCUUCGCGGGCUUCCUGGGCCUGGAGACGGUCAUGCAGCUGUGCAACUGCUUGCUGGGCCUGCUGCUCAUCUCCCUGCUGACCUGGGGCUACGUCCGCUACUCUGGCCAGUACCGGGAGCUGGGUGGCGCCAUCGACUCUGGCACGGCCUUCGUCCUGGAGCAGGCUACCUCUUGCAUAAAUAAUUCCACUCAGGAGGCUGUCGGGGAAUCGGGGUCCAGGAGACCUUUUGUGGAUAAAAAGUACCAAUAAAGUGGGGACCUGGCCCGAGUGCGCUGCACCACAGCAGUCGCAUGGGCCUUCUGCAGCAGCCCAAGUGCGCCUGGGAGUGGGACGUCACCCCGGAAGACUCGAGAUACAAUGCUGUAAUAAACGGAGCAGACGUUUGCCUGUGGCUUAAACCCACCUCCAGGACUGUUGGGAGCCUUUCUUUCCUUCCCGGUAGAGGUCCAAGCCCUUGUGUUGUUCUUGUGUUAUUUCGCUUUCCUUUUUUGCACUUUAUGGGGGUGGGGGGAGGCUGGAGGGUCAAAGGACAAAGCAGCCUGGAAAGUCCUUUUUGUACCACAGAGUGCCUUUUCGAUCUGGACUCAUGCUAGCCAUGGACACGGUGGGGAGGAUGGAGGACCAGGGGAAGGAAUGGGCAGUUUGUGUUGCCACAUGUCACCUCUGGGAGCUCACACCCCGCUUGUAAAAGGUGUCCUGAGCCUGCAGAAGCUCUGGUCCCGAAGACUUCUCUCCAAGAGAGUUUGAAAGUAGGCUCCUUGUAACGCUGGAGACUCCUGUGUGCAUCUGUCCUGUGGGUCACAACCAGACUCCAGAAUGUAGGGCCCCUCCCCGGGGGGCAGGGCAGACAGGGACCUUGGCUCUGGGUGCCCAUGACUCUCUGCCUUCCUGGUUUUCACCAGUGGCUUCUUUUUAGCCUAGAAUGUUGGAGGGAAUGUGGACCAGCAAAGCUCAUAAUCCAGAAAUAAACUGAGUGACCCCUGACAAGUCACUUGGUCUUGUGCCUUGGUCAAAUUCACUGUGUCUCAUGUAUUCUAAAUAUGAGCUUUUGUUUUAAGUUUUAAAUUUUAUUUUAAAAUAACCUCGUUCUCACAGAAGCUGCAUCAGAGCAGACCUUUCUGAAGGACCAGGGGAAAAUCUUAGCCAGUAGAGCUGCCUUCCUUCCGAUGGUGCCUUGGUGGUUAGAGGCUCAGCAGGGAUUCAUUCCAUUGUGUCCGUGGGACCAAAAAAGCAGCUGCCACCAUCCCCCCAUUUCCCUCCUGGGCCUAUGGAUGAAUGUAAUUAAGUGAGACCACAGUGACUUGGCUUGUUUGGCACAUCUCCCUUGGAGGUUAGGAAGUCACCUGUCAGAGAGAUUCUGAGGCCACAGCUGACAUGGCUCAGCAGGUUCUGUCUCAUGCGUAUGAGGCGAAAUAGUUUGGAUCACAUCAGUUGGCCGUUGCUUUACUUCAUUAUGCCAGAUUUUAAAACUUUGUUUUCUUUGAGGUGCCUACACAUAAAUUAGAGCGUUACAUUUUGGGACCCUUGGAAAGAGAAGAUACUGUUUUACACAUGUGACUUCUAAAUGUAAAGUUCAGGCAGCUGGAGUCUCUGGUCACAUAGUCCUCCUAUCUGGAUUUCUUGGUCCUGCCUCUCAGGGUUUUGUAUCCUCUUAGUCCAGGAUUAAUUCCAAGUAUAUUUUCUUACAAGUAAUAUUUUCUUUCUUGCAAAAUCAAAGGUAGUGACAUAUGUAUAGUGCUUUGUAAAUGGUAGCUGCUACUGUUGUCUUGCUCACUGGCUUGCCAUCUUGCAGGUUGGUUCGUGCAUUUGGAUUCAGUUGGCAUGAAAACAGGCUGCCGGUUUGUUUUCAGAAUUUGUCUACCAGACUCAUCAGGGAUCUCAAACCUCCGCUUUAAAUAAAGGGAUUUCAAGUAGGUGGCUCCUGAGAUGUGCGUGCAUUUCCCAGGAGCCCUUCAUUUGGGUAAAUUGCCCCUCUACAGUCUAUUAGAAUCCGAAAGAAGCUUUCCCCCUCCAUGUCGUCCAGAAUCAGAUUGGUGAGGUCCUGAUCCCUAGGCCCAGUCCUAAGAUCCUGAAGCAAAUGUGAGGUCUUCAGUUCCCUUGGUGUUUGGUGCAGCGUGUGACGCUGCAGAGCCCUGAGAAGUCAUCAUUUAUUAGGCAGUCAAGGCCGAUCGGGUCUCUGGCUUCACCUUGGUGCUGGAGUCUUUGUGUCUUAACUCAGCCGGCUUGGGCAGAGUGCAUGAUCUCUUCUCCCCUGGGAUGAGGUGGAUUCAUUAUUCUACAUUUGAUCUUUUUUGCAUCUCCCCGCUGGAUGUGGAGAGCGCUACAGUGGUUUCCAAUGAGGUUGGCCGUUGCAGGUCUCCUGGCCAGGUCCAAAGCAGAAAGCCUCGAUGCUCAGUGUUCAGGCCCAUUUGCCUCCUUCAGCACAUUCCUUUGAUCAAGCCCAAAUGGCAAACCCUGGGUGUCAGAGCCUCGAUUACCCCAGAGAGGUGAUGGAGGGAUUUUAGUAAAAGUCCAUCUCUCCUAGACAGUUUUCUGUAAUACUGACGUCACUUCUAGCAUAAAAAGAGGGAGCACAGUAAGUUGUGCUGGACCCUGGGCCACCCCUUUUCCUGUUUAGGGAAAAGGGGACUCACAAUUGUGUCUUAAGAACUGGGACCUGUUUUUGGUUGAAGAGUUGAUGGCCUUCAGUCUGUGCCAUGGGGCUUGUGAUAUUACAAUCUAGUUUGCACAUUGUAAGAUUGCCUGCAUGUGUUUGCUUCUUGUCUCCUUUUUUUCUUUCUCUCUAUUCACAGAAAAUAAAAUGCUUUCAGCGAACAAAAAAACCAGCAGAGAAUAAAAGCUGCCCUGUAUCGGCAGCCUCGUGUUUCUUUGGCAGACUGUGUUUAGGACUUGGCUCUUUUGCUCACUUAGGAGCACGGUCCCCUGAAAAGAGGCUGGCACGGCUCGGUUUGUUUUUUUCUCUUGGACACACACAUUCACCCAUGUCCGAAAAGGUGAUGAUUCAGGCAGAAGCAAGCUUGGAUUUUAAAAGUUUUUUGAAGAAUCUUUUUGAAUUAACGUAGUUGGUAGCAUAUGUAGUACUCUGACAUUCAGUUACCUGCUGGCGGAAAAGUAACAACCAGAAGGAGCAUCGAGGCAAGGGUUGGUUCUUGAGGUGAUAUCCAGAUGAAGUGGUGGCUGCUGCCCUGAGGUCCUGACUCCAUAACUGCCUCACCCCAACCGCACCCCCACAUUCCACAAAGUCAUUCGCUGAACCUCCUAGUUUGAUAUUUUGAAAUAGGAACUUUUUGUUUGACCUUCAAAGUAAUCUAGUACAUAAGAUGAUGGGUGCAGUUGGGAGCUGAGAGUAGGGUAAAAUACUCCAAUGACUUCUUGUGGGGUCCGAGGAGCAGAGAAAUUGAAUCAGAAUAGGUGUCCUAGGGCCAAAUCUAAGUGGGUGAUGACCAGGGUUAGUUUGUCCCUACUGGUGGGUGGUGGCGGCCUAGGAGAUAUGGACCCCCACCCACCCAAGGUGUCCUAGGCUGGGCUGGGAGGAGGUCGUGGUGCCUUUCGUCCUGCGUCCGGUUACUGACUGACAGGAAUAGAACUGGGAAGUUGGUUAAAACAACUUGGGCCACUGUUUGUUUUUUUAAUUAGAAAACAAGCUGGAUCCUCUUAUUCCAAUUGUUCAAAUAUUGAAAAUGUCCCUCUAGGCCCCAAAUAGAAAUUAUGAAAUUUUCAGAAUCAGGGAUAGGAAAGGUCUGGGACCUGGUGUCCUGGCUUGGUAAGCUUGGCUCCUGGGAGCUGGAUCUGCUGACCAAGUAGCUAUGAGGCUAGCGAGACUUGGAAAACACUUUCCUCUGUGGACCAAGAUUACUGUUUUAUUGCCCAUGUGGGAAUUCCAUGUGCCAAAGCAAAGAAUGUGCUUCCUGUAAUUCCCAGAGAUUCCUGAUUUAGGCCCUGGUCAGGCUGUGGGUCACCCAUCAGCACCUAGGGGCUUCCACUCAGCCCUCUGUUGUGUUUGUACUGGGGAGCCUCUCAUGUGUCCUGCAGGUGCCUUUGGCCAAGCACAGACUCCCACCCAGCAGUUUGUCUGUUUUUUAGUUUGUUAGCCUGGAAAAGUGCAAUCAGAUGAGUGUGUAUCCAUCCAUCCGUACGCUGGACUCUAACCAGAAGCGUGCAUGUCUCUGUAUCACAUACACUGAGAGUUGUAAGAUUGUGUAAUGGAAUAAAGACCACAACCUGUUUGCAUCUGCA